AUGGCGAGACCAUUGAUUUCUCCGUUACAAUGGCGUCAAUUACAUCAAGCUCUUUUCCCUAAAGCAUAUGCCUCGGGCCACGGCGCGCAAGCUUGCACCGCUCGAGCUGUCACCAAUAGCAACACAACCACAUUGAAACGGCCCUUUCACACCACGCCAACUCGAUCGGCUAUCAGGCCUUCUCGUAAGGCACCAUCUGUUCGGAAACAACUGAGGAACGAUGAUGUCUUCGAAGGCCCAGGUGGAUUGAAAUUGGAUCGUGACGGGUUUUGGAAUGCCUAUUGCGGUGCACAUGUUGAACCAACAAUGGUGGAGUUUAAGCAAUUUACGCGCCAAUUGUAUGAGCGCUUUACUCACGUUAUGCCGCCGGGUGUCAACAUGGCGACGUUCGCGUCCGUGGGUGAACAGUUGAUUAGGCUAUCGCACUCGCAGGGCCCUUCCGCAAGUCUUGUUCGGAGUAUCUCAAUAGGUAAAUUCAAAUUCUGGGUGAAAGGCUACGGAUUUAACUACGCGAUAUUAACCAUGCAAUUUGCCAUAGAUGUUGACGCCGUUUAUCGAAUCGCAAUCAUUCUCGGAGAACUUCAAACGGGCCGCUACAUCUAUCAAUGGGCAUUGACCAGCUGCGCAAAAGCAAAUUCGCGCCGAGCCCUGGUCGACCUCGUGAGCCGGUACAUGCAGACGAAAAAUGUAGACAUUUACCGGGACAACGAGUACAUAGCACGGGUCAGAGACUUGGCUCUCAAAGAUGAAUUCCCUCAUGCAAUUAUGUUAUAUGCUAAGCUGCUCAUCUGGCGUGGUGAAAACGCACAAGCCGCCCGACUUCUGGAGCAGAAGAUUUUACCAUACCUGCAACCCACUAGGAUACGCCCUCCCCACUGGGAGGAUAUAAUGUUAGUGGAUAAGUUUGAUUCGCCCUGGCGGAUGUACGCUGUUGCCGUUGAGAAGGAACGAGGUCUUGAGGGUAUCCAGAGUGCCACACGCCGAGCCGCCCUGGAGUUCCACGACCCGGUUGCCAUGACUGACUACGCUGUCACCGUGCUGGAAACGGAGGCUCUCGAUAAGUACGAGACGUACGAGGCCUUCAUGGCCGCCGCUGCGUUGGCGGGACACAGUCCAGCCUGCUUUUACCUUGCGAAUUACUACUACCGUAUCUCUCAAGGCGAAUUCACCACCGAGGCCGAGAGAAACGCCAAACAGAGGGAAGAGGCCCAUGCCUCGCGCGAGACCUGGCUGAGACCCUUCGAGCCUAUAACGAAUUGGGUUUAUACGGUGUUCAACCAACCCAUGGAUCGCAAGACAUAUCGCAUGCUCGCGAUGGACUGGUACGAGCUUGCUUUUGAUAAGGGAAACAAUGAGGCUGGGUAUAUCCUGGCCAUGCUCUUCCGCGAGGAUGGCGAUAUGGAGAAGAGCCGUGAGGUUUACAAUCUUACUGCCAAAAGAGGCCUUCCAACCUCGUUGUCGAAGAAAAGUCUGGUGGAAAUGAAGGAUAAGUGGGAAGACCGGACAUUCAAUCCUGGUUUGCCUCCUAAGCUCUUGAGGAUUACUUGA